UAAGAGGUUUGUACGCUGAUGCUGAUCCCUCUCUUUACAGCCGUGUCUCCUCCUUUUCUUCGUCUCCUCCUCCUCGCAAGCUUGCUCGCUUCCUCGAUCCCCGCUGCGAGAUCUUUGUAGCCUACGCUCGAGCCGUCGUCUGGAGGUGCGCUUUACGCCGUCGCCGCCUCAAUUCUCGGGUUCCUCUCUCGCUGCAUUUGCUUUUUAGGUUUCCUUCUCGUUUCCCCUCCGUUCUAGGUUUUGCGGCAGUUGAUGGAACCUCGGUUUCGUCGCCCCGUCGUCGGUCGCUCGAGUUUCACGGCACCGGGGGAAUCUCGCCGCGUGGCGCUCUCCUCCGUUGGUUGGUUCGAUCGCUCGAGUUUAGGGCCUCGAUUGAUUGGGCUUUAGUUGGAUACAGCGAUUUGGUACGGAAAUUUGUCUGUUCUGUUGUCGAUUAAGUUUCGUCUACUCUUCAACUGGGGUAAAUUUGCUCAUCUGUUACCGCUGGUAGAGGAUAGUUUGUUUGAUUACUAUCUGGCAUGCUGACUUCUUCGUGUUGGGACCAAAAGACUUGGUGUUUCUACUUCCACUUCUCACUAUGGCUGAGGAUCUGAGACUAGGCUUAUCAAUUUCGCUGUUCCGAUACAUUUUUUAGCAGCUACUUUGUGCAACUAUGCAGCAUUUCUAGCAAAUAGAGUUGGCUUUUCAACUUUUCACCACUGGAAGCGGGGAGGAAAGGAGGUACUUGCGAGGGCACUGGAUAGUUACAUCACGGUAGCCUCACAUGGGCGAUCAUGGAGGCUGCGCGCAACUUAGUGGCUCAUUGCCCAAUGGCCUUCUGUCUGAGGAAACAGCCAAGUUGACCCGAGUGCUUGAUGCAGACAGAUGGCUUAAGGCAGAGGGACAAACGGCAGAGCUGAUUGCACGUAUUCAGCCCAAUCAAUCAUCUGAGGAGCGCAGAAAUGCUGUAGCCAACUAUGUCCAGCGGCUCAUCCUGAAGUGCUUCUCCUGCCGGGUUUCCACAUUUGGAUCAGUACCUCUCAAGACCUAUUUACCUGAUGGAGACAUUGACCUGACUGCAUUCAGUGAUAACGAAAAAUUGAAGGAUGCAUGGGCUACUGCGGUUUGUGGUGUAUUGGAGAAUGAAGAAAAGAGUGAGAAUGCUGAAUUUUGUGUAAAAGAAGUUAAAUACAUCCAAGCAGAGGUCAAACUUGUAAAGUGUCUUGUUGAAAAUAUUGUCAUGGACAUCUCUUUCAAUCAAGUCGGUGGCCUAUGCACACUUUGUUUCCUUGAAGAGAUGGACAAUGUUAUAAAUCAAAAUCAUCUAUUCAAGCGGAGUAUUAUAUUAAUUAAAGCUUGGUGUUACUAUGAAAGUCGAAUUCUUGGUGCUCAUCAUGGACUUAUAUCUACAUAUGCCCUGGAGACUUUGGUUCUUUACAUAUUUCAUGUCUUCAAUAGUUCAUUUGCUGGCCCACUUGAGGUCUUAUAUCGUUUUCUAGAAUUCUUUGGCAACUUUGAUUGGGGUAACUAUUGUGUUAGUCUUUGGGGACCAGUUCCUAUCAGUUCACUUCCAGAUAUGACCGCGGAACCUCCUCGAAAGGAUAACAGCAAGUUGUUGUUUAGUAAAAGAUUUCUUGACAAUUGCAAUUCAGUAUUUUCUGUCACGCCAGGUGGUAAAGAAACCCACAGUCAACCCUUUGUUCCAAAGCAUUUCAAUGUUGUUGAUCCUCUACGCACAAACAACAAUCUUGGACGCAGUGUGAGCAAAGGCAAUUUCUUCAGGAUACGUAGUGCUUUUGCAUUUGGGGCCAAAAGAUUGGCCAGGUUAAUCGAAUGUCCAAAAGAUGACAUAAUUGCCGAAGUGAAUCAGUUCUUUAUGAACACAUGGAAAAGGCAUAUGAGUGGUGAUCGCCCUGAUGUUAGCUUAGAUUUAUGGCACUUACAACCACUGAAAACUGUUCCAGUGGAAGAAUCAAACAACUUAAAAAGCACUACAAGUGUCAACAAGAAGAUUGAAAAUAUUGUGUUGCAGAUUGGGGAAGAGCAUCUGGCUGAGACUGAUGAUGGUUUACAUAAUGCCACCUCUGAAGUCCUUGCCAACAAUCCAAACAUAUUCAGGAUAAACAAUCCAUCUGUAGUUUCUUGUGCUCAGAGCCAGAUAUAUUACAGAAAGCAAAUUAACUCAAGACUUACUGAUCGGCAUGAAACAAGCAAUAGCCCUAGUGGAUCUGUUCAAAGUGACAAAAGCCAAAAACUGUUAAAUUCUAAUUGUUCUGUCAAUGACCAGGAAGAAUUGAGUAGAUUUCAGUUUGCACGGACGAGAUAUAGUCCUGAGCUGACAGAGGUCUCCAUAGAUUCAUCUCAGGGAAGGCAUCAAAGAGUUAUAGAAACAGAAAAAAUCCAAUUUCCUGCCAAUAUUGACUCUGAUAACAGACGAAAAAACUUGAGAUCUGAAUUUACAGACAAUCAAAGUUCAAAGUCUUCUCUUGAUGCUUAUAUAUCAGUGAGGCAGACUUUAUGUCGAAAGAACCUUGAAGUUGCUUCUGAUGCAAACGUUGUUUUGAAAAGCUAUCAUGGUGAUGUUGGCUUCACUGCAAUGGAGGAGGAACUUGCUUCUGUUUCAGAGAAAUUAGAGAUGCAGCAACGAGAACAGGAUUUGGUGAAUAUGAUGGGGUCGUCUGACAUUCAUUGGUUUAACGGACAAGUUCAAUUGCCAAUGCAUCUAGCUCCUCUUCCUCUGCCUUCAACAUUUUCUCCUCUUUCAACUUCAACAGGUUAUGCCAAAGGAAAUUUGGCUGGAGAUAUACCCUCUAAUCUAUCAUUGAUUGGACCUCCUUGGGGACCAAAUAUGCAGUUUGGUCAAACUCUUUUUUCUUUCCCUGUUCCCACUUAUUUUCGUGCUGCCACAUAUAGGUCAAAUGUAGAUAAUUUGGAGAGUUUUAAUGAUGAUUCUGCUGUGACAGAGCUGAACUCAGAGAAUAAUGGUCAUGGCAACCCGAAUGAAGAUGAUGUUGGUCUUUCAGAAGGAUCUAAUUUUGGUGACGGUGGUCCUCAGAUUCAUCUUGAUGGUAAGCAACAGAAAUUGGAUGGUGGAUUGAGUCCUAGUCCUGUGAUAAGAGACAAUAGUUCUGGUUAUUUACCUCGGGAACAGAAUAAUAAGUUGGGUAGAGAAGGCAGAAGAUUGACCAAAGAAAAUUAUAAUGAUCCUUUUCAAGCUAAACCAAGUAGAGGAAGUGAUCUUCAAUCAAACUUCAGGAGUUCAAACACAAGGUUCUCCACUUUAUCAUGGGCUAGUUCUUCCAGAAGCAAACCUGCAUCAGAAUAUCUUAGGCAUCAGUCAGCUGCAAAAUUCCCGAGGUUAGCAAGGAACAAGUGCGGAAGCAAACCAGCUUUUGGAAAAGAAAACAACACGUUACAAUUUGAGGGUUCAUCUAAUCAUAUUUCUUCAAAAAUAGAUGAUGACACCUCUGGUUGCAUACCUCUGUCAACCAUGGAAAAUGACAUGUCUGAAAGAAUCAUAGAAUCUGCAACUUUGGCUACCUCACAUGUGAGAAGCAAGCAUUUUUCUGAAUAUGAAUCAGAACAAAAACAAUCAGAUCCACUGAUCCCCAUUGCACCAGUGCUAGUUGGCACUUCCUGGCAGAGGGGUGUGAAUUGUUCCAAGGUUCUUCCCGGGACAUUUGUUGCUACAGGUCCACCAGUUCCAUUCUUGAUGCUUCCAUUUGGUGACUUCACAUCUAACAGUGGAAAUCCUGAUGGAUAUGCAAAGCAAAUUGAUAGAGAGGAAGAACCAGCUAAGUUUCAAGAAAGUUCUUCUGGUCAAAAUAUUGUUUUGGUGGAGAGCCUUGACCAGUCUGAGGAUCUCGCAAGUCCAAAAGUUUCAAGAAUUCCUGCACCUGAAUCAUCUGAGGAGCUCAGUUCUGACAUUUUCAACGUUGAUUCAGUGAGCCAUUGGCAAAAUCUGGUAUAUGGAAGGUCCUGCCAAAACUCCUAUCCUGGACCUGUCAUGUACACUUCCCCUGUUGCAAGACCACCAAUUUAUCUUCCCAGCCAUUAUCCAUGGGAUGGUCCUGGCAAACUAUUGUCAUCUGAUUUGCACUAUACACAGAUGACUGGGCACAAUCCUCUGUUGGUGCCUAUUAUGCCUUUCCAACCUGGUUCUGAUCGGGCCUCAGGUGUCUUCCAGGAUUAUGCAGAUGAAGCACCAACAUAUCGUGGUGGUACUGGAACGUACCUGCCCAAUUCUGUUUCUUUUGGAGAUCAUCGGCAAUCAGGUUCAAGAAACCAUGAAGGGAACUGUAACUAUGACAAGGAUGAUCCUGUGGAUAGAAGUUGGGUCAGCUCAAAACCAAGAGCUUUUGGUCAUGGCCAUGGGCGCAACCGGGCUGAGAGACCAAGAUUGCGGCCUGACCAGCUGGCUGCAUCAAAAAACCAAGAGAAAAAAUGGGAAUCAUGGAGGAGUGAGCCUGUUGCCUCAAACCGACGCCGAGGCAGGUCUUUUGCAUCUACCAAUUCAUCCUAUAUUUCAGAAAGUGCACCUGGCAUGCAUCCACAAACUGCAUCUAGUUCCGAGGGUGUCAAUGCAUCUGACCCAACAAUUCCUCUGGGGCAUUCAUAUGAUCAAGGAGUUGGUUAUGGUUCACAUGCUGAGCCACUCAAGUUUGGCUCAUUUAGGCCUGUGCAUCAAUCAAGUGGCAAUGGAGGAGCACCUAAGACAAAUGGUGGGAUUGUAAGUGGACUAUAUGAUAAAAGACAUGGUUCCAACUACAAAGGAGGAACUCAGUCUUCGCAAGAUUGAUCCUCUUCACUGCAAGUAUACAAGUAAUCCACAUUCCAAUUUUGAUUUGCAAGUUUAUUUUGUUGCACAUAUUCUUGUUGUAGUUAAUUUUGAGCUAAAAAAAGUAAACUACGCUUUAGAAGCAAAUAAAGAUGCCAUCGACGACAUGAAUGUGAGCUUGGCAGGUAGUGUCUGAUGAUACCUCCUGUUGUUUUUCUGAUGCUGAUAAUUUCAGGUAACCUCAAA